UUAAACACAAAUCUAACAACUGACAUUCAAAAGAAUUGCAGCCAGAUCAAUUUUGUCUACACAGAGAGAUAAAAUUUCAUCAUGCGAAUGAUCCCAGUUUUCUUGUCUCUCUUUUGUUUUUGCGGAUCAGAGAAUGCGGCGUCUAAUGCUGAAGAAAACCAGUUUCAUCACGUUGAGCCUGCCCAGCCAGCUAAGCAAGAGAUGUACCUCAUAGAAGAAUGCUUAAGCAACCAAUACACACACAAGUCCUGUGAGAAAGUAUUUUGUAACCCAUGGGAACGAUGUGUGGAGGGAAAAUGCCUCUGUAAGCUUCCCUACCAAUGCCCAAAGAAUGGCUCUUCAGUUUGUUCUACCAAUGGAAAGUACUUCUAUACUUACUGUCACCUAAAAAGCUAUGAGUGUCAACAUCCCAAAGCCAAGUUUCUGCACAAGGGAAAAUGCAUGCCUGAAGAAACAUUUUCAGUCUCUGUGGACCAUGGAGAUUCAAGUUUGCUUCGGGUAAAACCUGUGAAUCAAAAGAACGAAUUUUUUGUAUGUGAUAGUGAGUGGACUAUGAAUGAAGCAAAUGUGGCUUGCAAGCACCUUGGCUUUGAUUUAGGUGCUGAAUAUUACCAAGCCAAUCCCAGCAUCACAGAAUCUGCCCUAAAUUCACUGCACUGUCUGCAAAUAACUUGCAGGGGCCUAGAGACAAGUCUUGCUGAAUGUCACAUAAAGAUGAAAUCAAGAGACAGUAAUGAGGGAUUUGUUAGCCUCCAGUGCCAUGAAAAUCUCAGAGUUUGUUCAAAUGGUGAGUUUCAUUGUGUCAACAAGAAGUGCAUUCCUCUGAAUAAAACCUGUGAUGGAAUCAAUGACUGUGGAGACCUAAGUGACGAACUGUGCUGUAGAGAGUGCAGAGACAACAGUUUCCACUGUCGGUCAAAUAUCUGUAUUCCAAAUAAGAAUGUCUGUAACAAGGAAAUUGACUGCCUCACAGGAGAGGAUGAAGCUCGAAUUCUUUGUGCAGGUUUGCUUCUGAAAGGCAAAGACAAAGGUGCUGAAAAUCACAGUAUGGAUGAAGAAAGAAAAAUGAUAAAGACACUUCUUCCCCAAGUACACUGCGGUCUUACAAACUAUACAUCAUCUCGACGGAAAAGAAUCAUAGGUGGAAAGACUGCAAGAAAGGGUGAAUUCCCUUGGCAAGUGGCAAUUAAAGAAACCGGCAGUGAAGGUGCAACAGUGUACUGUGGAGGCAUUUAUAUUGGUGGCUGUUGGAUUCUGACUGCUGCGCACUGCGUCAGAGCAAAUCGAGUUCAUCUAUACCGCAUCUGGAUUGGACUAUUGGAUACAAUAAUGUAUGACAAAGAGACAAACACUUUAAGACUAAACCAAGUGAUAAUCCAUGAAAAAUAUAAUGCAUCAACUUAUGAAAAUGACAUUGCUCUGCUGGAGCUGAAAGGUUUUGGGAAAGGAAGAUGCUCCCUGGAAAACAUCAUACCUGCCUGUAUCCCCUGGUCAGAGUAUAUGUUCAAGACUGGUGACACAUGCAAGGUUUCUGGAUGGGGACUAGAGAAAGGUUAUACCAAACAAUAUGUCCUCAAGUGGGGCAAUGUUAAUUUAUUUCAGAAUUGUUCUGAAUUGUAUCCAGGACGAUUUUUUAAACGAAUGGCAUGUGCAGGUACUUACGAUGGCUCCACAGACAGCUGCAAAGGUGAUUCAGGAGGACCUCUGGUCUGUUUUGAUGCAGCAAAUGUGGCAUAUGUCUGGGGUAUUGUGAGUUGGGGUGAAAACUGUGGGGAGGCUGGUCACCCUGGAGUGUAUACAAAAGUUGCCAGCUAUUAUGAUUGGAUUAGCCAUCAUGUGACAAGGAGUCUCAUUUCCCGGUAUAAUGUGUGAAGCUUGGAAAAUUAAAUACUUCCUUCUUAUCAUGCAUGCAAAAAUGAACACCCAUCCUUUUUUACAAUCAGCAGUUGUGUAACUCAGCAACAAUCAGUACAAAUCUUUGCAGAAUAUUUUGAAAAUUCUUAUCACUCUAUGAAUACCACAAUUUUGCAGAAGUCCGUAGGAAGAUAAUUGUACAGUCAUUUAAGCCCACAGCAAAAAAUCUCUAAUAAAAGCAGUGACAUUAAAAUA